UCAGUGGCACCACAGAUCUGAGAGCGAGACCUGUGUUCAAAAAGACAUGAAGUUCUGGCAGCCUCUGUUUGGGCUUUGGUGCUACGGCAUCCUUAAAGUGACCAGCGGGAUCGAAGUUGAUGUACCAUCAUGGAUGUGUGUGAAUGACUAUGUACAUAACAUUACUUGUGUCUUCAACAACAUCAGUGGUAUUCCAUUGGGAAAGAACAAAAAGAACUACAGCCUACAUUUCAAAGAGAACUUCGAGCUGCAUAAAAGCACUUUUUGUCCACUUGUGGUGAUGAAUCACAGAUACUACUCUGAAUGUGGAUUCAACGAUGUUCUUUGGAUGAGUUUGGAUUCCUAUAAAAUUGAAAUUUGUAAUGAAUCUCAAUGCAUCAAUUUAAAAAAUGAAUUUUAUUUAGCACAUCACAUUCAGCUGAAACCACCGCCUGAGCUUGUGGUCCAAGAAACAACAGAGACUCUCAACAUUACAUUUAAAAGUCGGUAUGAUAAGCAUGAUUACCUUCAUGAAAACCUCAUGUAUGAAAUGUCACUUCAAACACCCGAAAGCAGUGAGACCAAAACUAUUAUUGUUCCACCCCAAAAGAAGUUUGAAUCUAUUAAUCGGACAUUGCACCUGAAACAUAGUGAAUAUUGCAUUAAAGCAAGAUAUAUACCUCAAGGAUAUAUAACUUCUGAAUGGAGUGAAUGGAGUAAACCAACGUGCUGGAAAAACAAAGCAAAAGAAGAACCAGAAACUCUAUUAUUAUUAUUGGCCAAAUAUCUGUUCCCACUGUGUCUGGUUGUUGGAGCUCUGCUGUUUGUAUUCUACAGUCCAGCUGCAAGAAUGAAGAUAAAAACUCUGUCCCACACUCCGUCCCCGGCUCCGUUCUUUCAGCCUCUGUAUCAGCAACAUAAAGGCGAUCUCAAGGAAUGGCUUUCACUGAAAGAUAAAAAUGUAUUAACGCACAAAGUCGAUGAGGUCAUGAUAAGUGAUAAAGUGGCUGUUGUGCCAAAACCCAAGACGAAGGACCCAGAAGAGACCCAGACCUUCCUAAACCCUCCAGUGAUUCAGCUGGCAUUCCCUCAGUGCCAGACCUCCUAUGUUGGCCUGCCUGGGAUGGAUAUGGCUCCUGCUUCUAUAGCUAUGGUGUGUCCAGCUAACACCUCUUACACUCAGCUCCCCUGCUCUGUCUGGGAGAGAGGCAGAGAGGCAGAGAUUGCCUCCUCUCCACCUGAAGAUGUCCUGGAGAUCAGCUGUGUUGACUCUGGGUGCAGCUUUGAGGAUGUGACACAAAGCCCAGAGUGCAGUUUACCAAGCAGUCCUGUUGUUGAGACCCUAGCACCAUGUUACUGUAGUGAUUACUGCAUUCUUAACAAAACAGCUGAAGGUGUUGUUCCUGUUUUAUUGUCUAAAGAGAGCAAUGUAAAAGUUUCAUCUGAUUCCCAGCAGGAGCACGAGAGUUAAAGCAGGAAAUGGUUCUGUCAGUUUGUUUGGAGCCAGAGAAAUUCACAAGAGUGGUGGCACUGACAGCCAAGGCUGUAGACCACAUGGCAGAAGAGAUUCCAUGAAGUGGCUUGAAGCUGGCCAGUUCACUUGUUGCAUGUUGCUGUGUGUUUUUGAUAGCAGCUCUUGUUAAGCAAAGGCGGGUUUGUGCUUGAACUUCAUACAACAUUUAUAUCUGUUUAAAUGUAUGUGGUUAUCAUUUUUUAUGACAAAAACAUAAAAAACACCUUAUAACACAUAAAGUAGGCUUCUGCUUUGGCUGAUUUGCAAAUGUUAACACUGUUAGCAUUUAAAAUACUGACUGCAAAAUGUUAAGACGUGAAUGUGUGUGAAUUCCACUAGAGCUUUGGAUGAUAUGAUUUUCUGUAGCUGUAUGGGGCAAGUGCUUUGUUCUGUUUUUUUCAGUUUAAUCUACCUUAUUUGCAAUAUUACUUAUAAAUACUUUGCAUUUAGCUUUUACUAAGAAAUCAACAAUAAAAGAGAUAAAGAUCCAUAUCUAUGCUUAAAUCAGUAACUUUGUUCUUGUUUUACUGACUUGUGAGAGAUGUGUUUGGAUCUUUCCUGAAUCAUCAUCCAUCUCCAAGUUGUUGUGCAGGUGAUGCAAAUAUUCAGUGGAAACAAUUGUUUUGAAAUUUUCCUAAGGGAACAAUAAAAUGUAACCUCAA